AUGGCUGCUAACACUGAGCUGGCACCUAGCUCCGUGGUCACGGUUGUGCCAAUCCGAGAGCACGUCCAGUCAGAGGACUUGAAAGAGCACACCACGAUCCGCCAACUGGUAGAAAGCCUGCCUGGACUUCUGGUCUUGGCUCAAAAUGCGCCGAUCAAGGUUGUUUGCCGUAGACUCCAUGAAGAUUGGGAGGGGGCAAAUCCGGAUGUCGUAGACAUCGUAACCCUCCAGAAGAAGUUAUGGGCUCUGGUCGGCCUGAGACGUCUCAACGAACUCCUGAGUGCAAAGAGGGUCUUUCACAAUAGUUCGGAAGCUCAAGCAGAAGAGAAAGAUGAGAAACCAGCUCAAGACGAGAAGAGCAUCGUGCAUAUCAGCGAGGACGUAGUUGACAGCUGGCUUCACGCAGCCACCUCCCCACAGCACCAGGUAUCCUGGCUUCGACCACCCCGCGACUACACCUCAACGCUAUAUGGGACGUUACCUCGGAACAUAGAUAUCAAGCCCUGGGUCAAAGUACCUACACUUCCAUACUCAGACUCCUCAGUCGAUCUGAUAUCGUCUCGUGCCAUCCCCGUGCUCCUGCAAUCCAGCCAAUGGCCCGGGUUUGCGCUGGAAUGCGCUCGCAUUCUGAGCCCCGGAGGCAUCUUCGAAGUCACGGUUCUGGACCCGCUGCCGCGCAAUUGUGGUCCCCUCCUGCAGCGGUGGACGGCUGAGAAGAUCAUCCUCGGGUUGGAAAGGAGGUUUCUGGUCACCCAUCCCACGAUGAUUAUCCCUGUGUGGUUGGACGAUGUUGCGGAAUUUGAGCAUCGCGACAUCCAAACCCUCUCUUUCCCUGCUGCCGGGGAUGGAGACAUGUGCGAGAGAAGGCUGAGCGACUGGACUGGGGCGGCAUAUCCGACAAGCACCAGCGCUUCCCAGGGUGAACGCCACCUUCGAGGGCUCAGCGUAGCGCGGCUCACCAAUCCAUGCCCUGUCGGCAGCGGUGCUGGUGGUGGUUAG